GUUGUUGUUUGUUUUUGUAGGAGUGAGGCGACAUCUCUCGUCCUCCCCUUAAAACUCUCUCCCAUUUUGGGCUCUUAUGACUACCGAAGACCGUAAAAAGCAUGGGAUUAUUGAGGAGGAUUUAGCGACUUUAGGUUGUUGAGCGCUCGAAUCUGCCUGAACCGCCACUAUGAGGAGCAGAAGCAACUCUGGCGUGAAACUCGACAACUACGCUCGAAUAGUUCAACAAACUAUCCUCAAACACCAAGAUCCAGUGACUGGUCUGUUGCCAGGCAGCCAUGAACAGCCGGAUGCGUGGGUCAGGGACAAUGUAUACAGUAUCGUGUCAGUGUGGGCGCUCAGCCUGGCCUACAGGAAGAACGCAGACAGAGAUGAAGACAAGGCGAAGGCCUACGAACUGGAGCAGAGUGUUGUGAAAUUAAUGAGAGGUAUUCUUCAGUGCAUCAUGCGGCAGCUGGAUAAGGUGGAGAAGUUUAAAUACAGCAGAAGUACGUCUGACUCCCUCCACGCCAAGUACAACACCAAAACCUGUGCGACUAUUGUUGGAGACGACCAGUGGGGUCACCUGCAGGUGGACGCCACCUCGCUCUUCCUGCUCUUCCUGGCUCAGAUGACCGCGUCUGGUCUCCACAUCGUCUACACGCAAGAUGAAGUGGACAUGGUUCAGAAUCUCAUGUUCUACAUUGAGACAGCUUACAAAGUAGCUGAUUAUGGGAUGUGGGAAAGAGGAGAUAAAACCAAUCAGGGUAUUACUGAGAUUAAUGCCAGUUCUAUAGGCAUGGCCAAGGCUGCUCUGGAGGCGCUGGAUGAGCUCAACCUGUUCGGAGCCAAAGGCGGUCCCAGCUCCGUGGUCCACGCCCUGGCUGAUGACAUACAGCACUGCCAGUCCAUCCUGACAUCCAUGUUACCAAGAGCGUCCAUGUCUAAAGAGGUGGAUGCCGGCAUCCUGGCCAUCAUCUCCUACCCCGCCUUUGCUGUCGAGGACAUAAGCAUAGUCAACCUGACCAAGGAGGAGAUCAUCUCAAAACUGCAGGGUCGAUACGGAUGCUGCAGGUUUCUCAGAGACGGACAUAAAACUCCUAAAGAGGAUCCCCACCGUCUGUAUUAUGAGUCUGCAGAGCUGAAGCUCUUUGAGAACAUUGAGUGCGAGUGGCCGUUGUUCUGGACUUACCUGAUACUGGAUGGUAUUUUUAUCAACAGCCCUGAGCAGGUGCAGGAAUACCAGGAGGCCCUGGAAGGCAUCCUGAUCAAACAGAAAGAUGGGAUACGACUCGUUCCAGAGCUCUACAGCGUGCCUGCAGAGAAGGUGGAGGAGGAGUACAUGAACCCUCACACUGUGGAGAGGGUUCCCAUGGGGAAGUGUCCGCUGAAGUGGGGACAGUCUCUGUAUGUCCUGGGAAACCUUCUAUCCGAGGGUUUCCUCGCUCCCGGAGAGAUCGACCCUUUAAACCGACGUUUUUCCACCAUCCCCAAGCCUGAUGUGGUGGUGCAGGUGUCAGUAUUGGCUGAGACUGAGGAGAUUAAAGAGCUGCUGCUGAAGAACGGCGUGGAGGUGGAGACUGUGGCCGACAUCCAUCCCAUCCACGUCCAGCCCUCCAGAGUCCUCAGCCACAUCUACGCCAGACUAGGCCGUAACCUGAGGUUAGGUCUGACGGGACGCCCCUACAGGAGAAUGGGAGUCCUGGGAACCUCUAAGUUCUACAUCAUCAGAAACACCAUCUUCACAUUCACGCCGCAGUUCAUCGAUCACCAGCAGUUCUACCUGGCGUUGGACAACAAAAUGAUUGUGGAGAUGUUGAGGACAGACAUCUCCUACCUCGCGUCGCGAUGGCGGAUGCUUGGCCGGCCCACCGUCACCUUUCCAAUUUCACAGUCGAUGCUGACUGAAGAUCGCUCAGACCUGGACCCCGCAGUCUUGGGUACACUGAAGAAGCUACAGGACGGAUACUUUGGAGGAGCAAGGAUCCAGACAGGAAAGCUGUCAGAGUUCUUGACCACCUCUUGUUUCGCUCACCUCGGUUUCCUGGAUGGUAAGAUCUCUGGUAGCAUGGCCCAUCAAGACGAAGAGUAUGAUGAUGAUGAUGACGCCGAGGGAUAUUUUGCUGAGACGAACGUGCAUGAGCUUUGUGUUGAUGUUCAGACUGCUGACACAGAAGCCGACAACCUCACCCAGUAUCUGGACCAUCUCUUGGCCCACGCAACCCCUAAGAAGCCCAAACGGCAUGUGAGGGGACUGGGGAGGUUCAAGGCUGUCGCUACAAAAACCAAGGACAUGGUCUCGUUAAUGAGCAAAGCCCAGGAUCUGAACGUGCACAAUGUCAACAUGUACCUGCCGAGCAAGUUGUUUCACUCUGUUGCUCCUUCACUCAACCUGAACUUCACAGAUUCUUCUGCACCUCAGUACACUCCGGUUCCAGAGGUGAGUAGGGAACUGAUGAGCAGUAUCCCCAGAGAGCCCAGCGGAAGCAUAGACUACAAUGCUUUGGUCCAGCUGCUAAAAGACACGCAGAGUUUCCAAGACCAGGCUGAUAUACUCUACAUCCUCUUCAAGGACAAGGGUAUGGACUGGGACACACAUCUACAUGGUAAAGGCUCCACAGUUCGAUCCCUGCUGACUGACCUCUAUGAGAAGGCAGGUGAACUCAAGCACUGGGGACUCAUCAGGAUGAUCUCUGGUAUGCUGAGGAAGAAGGUGGAGGAGCUUGACUGGGCCUGCUCUGAUUUGCUGGCGCACCAGAAGCACCUGACGGUGGGACUUCCACCUGAACCCAGAGAGAAAACCAUCGUCGCUCCAAUCCCUCCAGACCAGCUGGCGGCGCUUAUUGACGAGGCCAGCGGCAACGACAUCAACGUGGCCAUACUCACUCAGGAGAUCAUGGUGUACCUGGCCAUGAGCAUCAGGACUCAGCCCAGCCUCUUCAGCGAGAUGUUCCGGCUCCGGAUUGGCCUGAUCAUCCAGGUCAUGGCCACUGAACUCGCACACUCCCUCGAAUGCUCAGGAGAAGAGGCCACCGAGAGUCUGAUGAAUCUGAGUCCAUCCGAAAUGAAGAACCUCCUCCAUCACAUCCUCAGUGGGAAGGAGUUCGGCGUGCAGCGCAGCGACCGAGAAGUGGACACCAGGGUCAGUCCAGCCCUCUCCAUCCACCACUUGGGCAACGUGGGCGCCACAAAGAGCGAGCGAGCCGGCAUCAGCAAGCUGAAGACGGACAUGAAAAUGGCCUUCAGAUCCCAGUCAGUGGACAUAGAAAAUGUUGAACCAGAGAGUGACAGACUCUUGUCUGUAGAAUCUGUGGACAUUCCCGACUUCUGUCCUGUUGUGAAGGAUUCCAGACACGGCCAAUGGCUGCGCAGAAGGCGCUUGGACGGGGCUUUGAACAGAGUCCCCGUCGGAUUCUACCAGAAAGUCUGGAAGAUCCUGCAGAAGUGUCACGGUCUCUCCAUAGAGGGUUUUGUUCUUCCUUCUUCAACCACCAGAGAGAUGACUCCAGGAGAGAUCAAAUUCUCCGUCCACGUGGAGACUGUCCUCAACCGCGUUCCUCAGCCUGAAUACCGACAGCUGCUGGUGGAAGCCAUCUUGGUGCUCACUAUGCUAGCUGACGUGGAGAUCGAGAGCAUCGGCUCCAUCAUUCACGUGGAGAAGAUAGUGCACAUCGCCAAUGAAAUGUUCUGCAAAGAUCAGAGGGAUCUGGGAGCAGAGGAGCACAUCCUGGAGAGGGAUCCGUCCACCGGCGUGUGCAGGCUGCUGUACGACAGCGCCCCCAGUGGCCGCUUUGGGAGUAUGACCUACCUCACCAAGGCCGUGGCGGUGUACGUGCAGGACUUUUUACCCGGCGGCUCCUGUGCAGUCCAGUGAGAGGAAACCACAGGCAACGGGAACACACCGACACACGGGUUAAAUGUCAUCUUAAAUCUGCAACCGUUUGUCAAAAGUAGAAUUUAGAAGAAAAAAAAAUGGACAUAAACGUAUCUGCUGCGUCUGACAAAUCAGACGUCAUUUCUCACAUUUCAGGCUGCAUUCUCGCCGUCUGCUGCACGGUUCCAAAUCCUCCUCUGUACCGCUGUCCAAUAGGAGAAACCGUAACAGCAGCUACCACGGCUUCUCCUCCAGAGGGCGCCACUGGCCCCACGGAAGAAAUGUUUCUUUCAUGUGUUGAAAAAUAUAUUUAAUAAAGAAGUGGAUCUUCUCAAGAAGAUAAUUUGGGUGCUGCAUAGUACGCAAUUACAAAUAUGUGCCACUAGAACAUGCACACGCAUCAAACGUUUAAUUACAGCCUCCAGUUCAGUGCAGAUUUAAAUAAACUUAUGGUUACUUUUGACAGUUUAAUCAUUAGGUGUAUAAAAUUUAAAACAAAUAAAUAUAAAGCUAAUCACUGUUUCUGUGAGUUAAAGGGGGGAAAAAAUCAUUUAGUUUUUAUAUCAGCAGUCAAAAACAACAGAUAUUAACCCAUUUAAAGCAUUUUAAAAACAGAGGGAUUUUAGGAUAUUUCACCAAAAUGCUUAAUGCUUAUAACAAAAGUUUUCUGUUUAUAAAGAACAAAUAAAAAAGUACAUUUACAUUUAAUUUGCACAGUGUACAAACACUUUAAUGGAUUAAAACAGAAUUUAAACCAGUUUACAGCACAUUUAAAGUGUUUUAAACCAUUUUCAUAUGUAAUGAAACGUAUUUAUGAAGCUCACGUGUCUUGAUCCGCUGGAGCCUAUCCCAGCAGUCACAGGGCACGAGGCGGGUUCACCCUGGACAGGACGCCAGUCUGUCGCAGGGACACAUACAGACUAACAAACACGCACACCUACGGACAGUAUAAAGUGUCCACUCCACCUAACCUGCGCGUCUUUGGAUGUGGGAGGAAGCCAGAACACCGGGAAGGAACCCACGCAAACAAACAGGGAGAACAAGCAAACCCCACACAGAAAGGCCACAGGUGGGAAUCGAACCCAUGACCUUGUUACAGUGAGGCAACAGUGCUAACCACUAAGUCACAUGCUGCCAUAUUUAUGAAGUUAAAUACAUUUAAAAUUUAGCUAUUUUUUUGUUUGUUUAUUUUCACAAAUAAAUGUUUAAUUUUUCAGUUUUUUUUUUUUUUGUAUCAGUUGAUGAAGCGGUUUAGAUCUGACACUUUUGAAUGUACUCCUGAUUUGUCACUCCUGCAUGCUGUGAACAUUUAAAAUAACCUCAGAUCAUUAUUGUUAUUGAUUACACCCCCCGUCCUAGAACUUGAUUAAAGGUCCAUUUUGUUGUCUUAUGAGUAACAGAUUUUGGGAGAUUUGACAUUGUUGCACUUCUGAACUUACAACAAACACGCUGCUAAAAGAGUACGUUUAAACAUUAACACGGCGCAGAAACAUAGACUGAAGUGUCAAACUGUAAACCUAAAUCUAGUUAUUACUGAAUGCAGUGCACUGGAUUUUUGUUUUUUUAGGCUGCCUUAAUUUGUGCUGUUCGGUUUUCCGUCCUUUUUUAGCAGACAAUUGCCUUAAUUUACAACUUAUCUCUGCAAAAGCUAUUUUAGUACAUUAUUAAAAUUACAGUGAAUUGUUUUUUGUAUUAAUUUUCAUACAUGUACUCAUUUGACGUUGAAACGGCAGAAACUAGGGAACGUGUUUGUAUGUGUAAUUUUGCCAAUAACGUACCUCACUUUAGAUUGAGUUUUUUCUAAAGGGUCAUACAAUAUUAGGAAAGGGGGAGCAAAGCAAUGUUAAUUAGAAUUUCAAGUAACUUUUUAAAAAUUAAAAAUAAGCACACUUAGCAGUAGGAGGCGCUGCAGUGCGUAGAUAGAAUUUUAGGGUCACAAUAAUAUGAAUUGACCUGGAUUCUGUUCUAAGAUCAUUUGGAUAACGGGUCCCAAAUCUGAUCUGCUCAAUUGUGACAUUUUAAAAAGUUUAACUUCCAUAUCGCAGAUCAAAGGAAAAACAGUGAAAGUUUACGAGACGUAAUGAUCGAUCAUCCAAAUUUAUUUUAUUGAUUGAGAAAGAUGACUUC